CUGCACUAUUUUUAUCGUGUCAUAUUAUUUGCUUCUUUGUUUUCCAGGAAAAUAAGGCCUAAGAUGACAAAAUCAAUAUUCUUCAAGAUUCUGGUGCUUGCCUUCCUGGAGCCAGUUUUAGACCAGAAUUUGUAUGGUGUGGCCAUUCAGUACACGUCAGCCACGUUUGCAGCCGCAUCCGUUAACGUCCUCCCGUCCAUCACCUUCAUAAUGGCUGUAAUUUUCAGGAUGGAAAAAGUGAAUCUGAAAAAGACAUCCAGCGUGGCUAAGGUGAUUGGUACGCUAAUAACCGUCACCGGAGCCAUGGUGAUGACGUUGUACAAGGGCCCACCGAUCGGAUUCCUCCACGGCGGCGGCGGCGGCGACCAGAAAUCCGCCGGCAGCGCCGCCGAUCAGCACUGGGUCUCCGGCACUAUUAUGAUGCUCUCUUGCAUAGUGGGCUGGGCCGCUUUCUUCAUCUUGCAAAACAAGACACUAAAAGAAUAUCCGGCGGCCUUAUCAUUAACGUCCUUAGUAUGUUUGAUGGGGACUUUGGAAGGCGGAGUUGUGGCCGUAGUUAUGGAGCGACGCAAGAGUGCUUGGCUCAUCGGCUUCGAUUCUAGGCUUCUUGCUGCUGUCUACUCGGGGAUUGUUUGUUCGGGAUUAGCGUACUACCUGCAAAGCGUAGUGAACAAGACGAGAGGCCCGGUUUUCGUGACCGCGUUUAGUCCUCUCAGCAUGAUUAUCACGGCCAUUUUGAGUGCCAUUAUUUUGGCCGAGCAAGUUCAUCUUGGCAGCUUAAUUGGGGCAGUGAUCAUAGUUUCUGGGCUUUACUCUGUGGUUUGGGGCAAAAGCAGAGAGAAAUUGGGCUCAGACAAGGUAUCGCCACCGUACGAUGAGGGCAAGGCCCAAGAACUGCCGGUGGUCAGCGCUGACGUGGUCCAGAUUAAUGUUAAUCCAAAGUUUAACAAUGACAAGGCUUUCCUACAGCAAGACCCAUGAAACAGUAUGCGUUUGGCCCAAAACCCGUGACCCAUCAUCUUGUUUUUUGUAAUUUUGUUCUGUCUUUUACUUUUUCUUUUUUCUUUUUCCCCUGUUUUUGCUUUGUAAAAUGUGAUGUCUGAUGCGAGCUGCGGCUUUCUAGUCUCUGCUGUUGGAGCAGUGUAUAAUAUAGUUUUCCUUGGGAAAAUCUUGUACUCGGUACAACUAGCUCUAUUAAUUUCUUGUCACAUUCUAAUGUGAAAUUAAGUAUAAUCACUAAAUAUUUUGUUAUGUUUGGUGAAUGCGAUGCAUACGUUUGUUA